CAGUGUGGCGGUGGAGGCAGCAGCAAUGGGAGGCCAUACAGCACCCUAUGACAAAAUGGAACCCACCAGCAGUGUGAGGAGACCUGAAAGUGGCACAUGGCAGAGUGUGGCGAUGGAGACAGCAGCAAUGGGAGGCCGUACAGGGACACAUGACACAGUCUGGACCUGGCAGCAGCAUGAGGAGGCGGUACAGGGGCCCAUGGCAAGAAGAAGAAGAAGAAGAAGAGGAUGAGGAUGAGGAUAAAGAAGAAGAAGAAGAAGAAGAUGAGGAUGAAGAAGAAGAAGUAGGAUGAGGAUGAAGAAGAAGAAGAAGAAGA